AUGACGUGUUCUGAAAUGAAGGAGGUGACCAUCAAGCUGCAGCCUCCGUGCUCACAGUACACGGCCAAGGGAAGUGGUUCAAACACCGGAUUCGCAUCCGAGCUCAUCAGGCUGCUCUGCCUGCAGAGGAAGACAGACGGUUUUGGGGAGCACGUACAGGCAGCUCUGACUGUGCUCACCUACCUUGACGCUGGUUAUGGAAGGACAAGGACAACUUUUCAGCUCACCUUCUCCAAACCUACAGGGCGAUCAGAUGGGACAAAAUGGACCUUCCUGGAUGGAUGGACUGGCAAGGCGGAGAGAGACUUGGGACCAAACUCCUCGCCAAAGCCCGGGGCGGGGGGGGGUGACCCCCGACGGCGCCGCUGCCACCCGCCUCCUCCAAACGAGGGGCAGACGCCGGGGACAGGAGCCGCAGGGCCGCUCGGCUCGCCGCUGCUGGGCUGGCAGUUCGAGGACUCCCUUUUCGCCCCCAGCCGGGAGCGGGGCCUGGCCGGCGGGGCCGGGCCGGCCGGCGGAGCCAAGCACUGCGAGCCGGGAUGGUUUCGCAGCGGGGAGGACAGCGGGGAAGGCGACGGCGGGAUAACGGCCAGCAAGUUCCGGGCGGACUGGGCCUACCGGCAGCGGGAGUUUGAGAAAGCCCUGUGUGAAUACUCAAACUGCUUACUGCUCUUACCGGCCAGCAACAUUGCAAUGAGACGAGAUGUCCAAGAGGGCCAGGCUCGGUGUUUAUCUCACCUAGGAAGGCACAAGGAGGCUCUGGAUAUUGCAGAAACAAUGAGAAACGGCGCUACUAACACAGAUCACUUAACGACGGUUCUCAACCUGCAGUUUGCCAUUUACCAGGGUCUGGAAGAUGUAGAAAAAAAGAUCACGUGUCUGCAGCAACUGAUCUGCUUACAUCCCUUCAACCCCUGGUACUGGAAGUCACUCGCUGAAGCUUAUAUGAGCCUUUUACAGAGUUUGUCUCCAUUAGUCAUUCCAGAAACAAAUGUAAAUCAGUCCGAAGAGGUUACUGUAAGUGAUAGUAGUUUCAAAACAUCAACUGAAAGAGAGAUUAAUUUGCAGCCUCGCAGAUCAGAUGGCCAGAAUGAAGGGCCUCGGCCCAGCCUUGCUACAGAAACAAAGAGGGAGAAUGCAGUGACUUGUAGCAGCGGCCAAGAACCGGAGAGGAUGAAUGAAGGAAAAAGCUCAGCCUCCGAGUCCUGGGAGCAGAACACGUCGAAGAAAGUUGGAAUAAAGGCAUGUGCCUCGUUUAUUAGAGCAAGGCUUUUACUUCAGCUCACCCAGUCGCAACAGUCGUCCUUUGCGCUGGAGAGUAACAUAAAAAGUCAGAAAGAAAUUGAUGACAAAGUGGCUCCACUUGGUUUCAGUGAAAACUCCUUGCUGCUGAUGACCAAGGUUAUGGGGCAGGAUCUUAUACCAGAAAAACUAAAAGAGGAAUUUCAGGGUGAAGUGAAAUGCAUAGGCCCUUCAGCGCUGUCAUCGUUGGUAACUGCAUCAGCUGCAGAGUUUGAAAUGAAAUGGUUCGGUAAUCUCCACGAUGAUUUAUGUCACUUUGAUAGUCAAUUCUCUUCAGAUAUAUAUCUCACACCUUUGGUAACUUAAAGGUUUUGCUGUAUUUAUUCUCAUGUUUCCAAAUGACUAUAAAAUUAUAUAUGCAAUAAAGUUUCAUAUUAUAUUUUUAAA